AUGGCGCUCGAAUUUCGUCUCGUGUCUGUGAUCUUGCUCAGCAUAUUCAGUGUCCGAGCCUCGACCUUGGAUUCUUUGGAGAUUGAUGGAGAAUGUGAUGGCGAUGCUUCCUGCGCCCUCAAUGCUAUGCAGGUCAGGGGAACUGCAGUCCGAAGCGACACGGAGGAGAAAGUCUCUGCCAAGAGCGGGUGGUGUGACCCCGGCUUGAGGCUGGGUCCACGUGGCUACUGCUAUAAGAACCGGUGUGCAGGAGCAAAAGCUGUCAUGUGGACGAUGAAGGCUUGCAGUGCUUACAACCGCUGUGUGAUCCACUUGGAGGAGGAGGCCAAAGUCCAUGAGGCAGGCUCGCACUUGGACGCUGAUGAGGCCGAGGCCAACGUUGUCAAGGCCGAGGAUGGAACGUUGCAAUGCCCGCCUGGUUUCCCAUACUAUGAAGGUGGGCGCUGCUUCCGGAACCUAUGUUCCAGCAAUUAUGCUGACAUCUACACGAUGGCCACCAACUGCAGGUUUUACACAUACUGUGUUAGUGGCUGA